AUGGAUCCUUAUAAGAAUCCUAAUCCUAAAGGGUACCAGCGACAGAGACCAUUUGGUUCAGCCGGCGAAGGUGGUAGCAGCGGCGGCUCCGAUAUGCCCCAUGAAAUAGAUGACAAUAAGAAGAAGAAGAAGCUUCUCCACCGCGACAUCGAACGCCAGAGAAGACAAGAAAUGGCUACACUCUAUGCUUCGCUUCGUAGUCACCUACCUCUCCCAUACAUUAAGGGGAAGAGAGCUGUUGCGGAUCAUGUAAAUGGAGCGGUGGAUUUCAUUAAGGACACUGAAACACGGAUUAAAGAACUCAGUGCAAAAAGAGACGAGCUAAGAAGAGAAACAUGUCAGAGAUCGGAUCCUGACCUAGCAAGAACUGAAUCCGAUCCGGCGAGUUUGAUUGUGCAACCAUGCGUGAACGGUUUCGAAGUGGCAGUGAGCAGCAACUCGUCAGGUCCUGAUGCUUUGCCACUCUCACGAGUGCUUGAGGCACUUCAGGAGUUAGGGCUUGAAGUCAUCAACUCUGUCACCGCACGAGUAAAUGAAAGGCUCAUACACACUAUUCAAGUCGAGGUUAAUACUUUCGGAUGCUUGGACUUAGCUUGGUUGCAGCAGAAGCUAGUUGAGGAGUUGAUCCUUUCGCCGGGAAAUAUCUAAAGCUAUCUUGAAACUUCAUCUUGGGAGCGGACCUUGAAAUUCAUUAUUGGAUGUAGGCGUAGCUUCGGUUAAACAAGUUAAAGUGUGUGCUGUUAUUAUGUUUCAAAAGGACUUUAGGGGUAGCUAGGUCAUAAAGUUCACCAUCAUUCACUGCCCUCACCGUAAAGACCAAGGGUUUGAUGUUCGCAACAUUGCAUUUUACUCACCAUUUAAGGGUUUUCUGUGUUUGCUUUACAUUUUGCUUCUAUUUAUGACCUCCAAAUUUCAGUUAUCAUGUUUC